GAUAGGUAUUCAGCUGGUUGUUACCAUGGUUAUGGCCAGCCUCAUGCAGAAGAUUAUACCUCACUAUUCCCUUGCGCGAUGGCUACUGUGUAAUGGCAGUUUAAGGUGGUAUCAACAUCCUACAGAAGAAGAAUUAAGAAUUCUUGCUGGAAAGCAGCAAAAGGGGAAAGGCAAAAAAGACAGGAAAUAUAAUGGUCACAUAGAAAAUAAGCCCCUGACUAUUCCAAAGGAUAUUGAUCUUCAUCUAGAAACAAAAUCAGUUACAGAAGUGGAUGCUUUAGCAUUACAUUACUUUCCAGAAUACCAGUGGUUAGUGGACUUCACCGUGGCUGCUACAGUUGUUUAUCUAGUAACUGAAGUCUACUACAGUUUUAUGAAGCCCACACAAGAAAUGAAUAUCAGCUUAGUCUGGUGCCUGCUUGUUUUGUCUUUUGCAGUCAAAGUUCUGUUUUCAUUAACUACACAUUAUUUUAAAGUAGAAGAUGGUGGUGAAAGAUCACUGUGUGUCACUUUUGGAUUUUUUUUUUUCGUCAAAGCAAUGGCAGUUUUGAUUGUAACAGAAAAUUAUCUUGAAUUUGGACUCGAAAAAGGCUUUACAAAUUUUUCAGACAGUGCGAUGCAGUUUCUUGAAAAGCAAGGUUUAGAAUCUCAGGGUCCUGUUUCGAAACUUACUUUCAAAUUUUUCCUGGCUAUUUUCUGUUCACUCAUUGGGGCUUUUUUGACAUUUCCUGGAUUACGGCUGGCUCAAAUGCAUCUGGAUGCCCUGAAUUUGACAACAGAAAAAAUUACACAAACAUUACUUCAUAUUAACUUCUUGGCACCAUUAUUUAUGGUUUUGCUCUGGGUAAAACCAAUCACCAAAGACUACAUUAUGAACCCACCAUUGGGCAAAGAAAGCGUACCUUUAAUGACAGAAGCUACAUUCGAUACACUGCGACUUUGGUUCAUAAUCCUGCUUUGUGUUCUGCGGUUGGCCAUGAUGCGUAGUCACCUGCAAGCUUACUUAAACUUAGCUCAGAAAUGUGUGGAUCAGAUGAAAAAAGAAGCAGGGCGAAUAAGUACAAUUGAACUACAGAAAAUGGUUGCCCGAGUGUUUUAUUACCUUUGUGUCAUUGCACUACAGUAUGUGGCGCCUCUGGUAAUGCUUCUUCACACGACUUUGCUUUUGAAAACUUUAGGUAAUCAUUCCUGGGGGAUUUAUCCAGAAUCUGUCUCUGCAUUGCCAGUGGAUAAGAGCCCACCUUCCCAUUCUGUUUACUCUGAAUUGCCAACCAGUGAUGGAAAGAUGAAGGUAACUGUUACACAGAUAACAGUAGCACUGAGCAGCUUAAAAACCAUUUUCACUCCUCUGCUUUUUCGAGGAAUUCUCUCUUUUCUGACUUGGUGGAUUGCUGCUUGUCUUUUUUCUACAAGCCUUUUUGGACUUUUCUAUCACCAGUAUUUGACUGUGGCAUGAACCACAGUUAACAGAAAAAGGAUACCCAAGUCAUACUUUGAAUUCAAAUACCUGUGCCCUUGAAGGACUGAUGGAAACCAGAAGAAAGCAAAUACAAAGGAUAAAAGAACAUAUCAGAAUAUCUUAUUGUAAAUGUUUCCUCUGUAUUCUCAGGGUGAAUUAAUGGCAUAUUUAAAAUUACAGAGUAAAUUGUUAACUAUUAUACUGUGGCAUUGGAAUUUUAACUCCUUGAAUUAAUUGAUAGGAGAGGGCUUUAUCUACAAGGGUAAUACUUCUGAUUACCUUGGUUUACAGAAACGUCCAUCAGCCUGAAAUUUCUCCUAUGACUCCAGUUAUUGAUUGAUUGCUCUUAAAGGUUUUAAGGUACUGUUGAUAUUCAUUGUGGGUGCCUAUAGCACAGUCUUCAAACUGAGCCAUGCUUUAGAGAAAAGAAAGGAGCUGAAGUUGCUUCUGUUGGUAAUAUAUUAGUCAUUCUUGAAACAAAAAAUCCAACAGAAAGGAAGAAAUAGCUACUGUAUAUUACAGUAAAGAAAGCUGCAUAGUGAUUUAAGUUUAAAAGAUGUAUGUGCUUAAUAUCUAUAAGCACCGCUGCUUGAGAGUAGCAGGAGUAUUGUUUUAAAGUGUAUUCUAUCUAACUUGAGGGAUAUUUUUAAAUGUUUUGCCAUAUGAACAUUUACGUCCUUGAUGGUGAUAGGUUUGGGCCUUCCAUCUUUUAUUUUACUCUGAUCUUAGGUAGUUCUUUUUUAAUAGUCUAAACAUAUUUAUCUAUAUUGAUCAGUCUUUCAAAAAUUACUUUGUAAUCCUGCUGACUACUUGUAUGUAUUGUACAUAUUAUAUAUUAAAUAUAUAAUAUAUUGAGAUUAUUAAAGAUGAAAAUAUUGGAUCCUAUAAUAUUUUAAGUUGCUGAAUGUAUGUUAAAAUGUGAUUGGUUGAGUUGUAUUUGUAUCUAGAAGUUUUCUUUUUUGAAUGAGAAUUAAAUAUGUUUUGAAAAUUCA